AUGCCGCACUCAGCACGAGUUGUUUUCCACACCACAGCAGGACACUAUGAAUUUGGUCACCUUGCUGAGGAGUCGAAGAGUCAUCCUGCGUCACUCCAGCUGCUGGUACGUGCAGAAGAUGAACAGCUGAUCCUGGUGCUGGAGAGAAAUGAGGGUCUUUUUGCAAGCCAUUACACUGAGACACAUUACCGGGAGGAUGGAAGUGCAGUCACCGGUGCUCACAACUUCACGAAUAACUGCUACUACCAUGGGGAAGUGCAGGCGCAUCCAAACUCUGAUGUCACCCUCAGCACCUGCUCAGGCCUUCGAGGCUUCAUCGUGCUUGAAAACAAGACGUUUAUCAUCGAGCCAGUGUCUGGACAUGAGAACGGUGCCCACUUCAUCUACCGAGCGGAAGAACUCAAAAUGACCCCAGGAACCUGCGGCCACGGUUGCAACAUGUCCUCUGUUGCCCCUGAAAACCACAUCAAAAGCCCUUUUCAAUCCUUCCACACGAGGCAUAAAAGGCAUGCUCAGAAGACAACCAAGUAUGUCGAACUGAUCAUUGUUGCAGACAACAGAGAGUUUCAAAAACAGGGGAGAGACGUGGAGAAGGUGAAACAGAGACUGGCAGAGAUAGCCAAUUACGUGGACAAGUUCUACAGGGCCCUGAACAUCCGGGUAGCCCUGGUGGGUCUGGAGGUGUGGAGUGACUCCGAUAAAUGUCCAAUCACCCAGGAUCCCUUCACCACCCUGCAUGAGUUCCUGGACUGGAGGAAAGUCAAGCUGCUGCCCCAGAAACCUCAUGACAAUGCUCAGCUCAUAAGUGGGGUUUACUUCCAGGGCACCACCAUUGGCAUGGCGCCCAUAAUGAGCAUGUGCACAGCUGAGCAGUCUGGAGGCAUUGUCAUGGAUCACUCUGAGAAUCCACUGGGUGCAGCUGUGACUUUAGCACACGAACUUGGGCAUAAUUUUGGGAUGAACCACGACACCCCCGAGCGCGGCUGUGGCUGCAGAAUGACCGUUGACCGUGGAGGCUGCAUCAUGACCCCCUCCACAGGGUAUCCAUUUCCAACAGUGUUCAGUACGUGCAGUAAGAAGGACCUCGCUGCCAGUCUGGAGAAAGGAGUGGGCAUGUGUUUGGACAACAUGCCAGAGGUCAAGGUGCUCUACGGUGGCCAGAAGUGCGGCAACGGCUACGUGGAGGAGGGAGAAGAAUGUGACUGCGGGGAGCUGGAGGAAUGUAUGAAUCCAUGCUGCAACGCCACCACGUGCACCCUCAAGGGAGAUGCUGUGUGCGCCCACGGACAGUGCUGUGAAGACUGCAGGCUGAAACCAGCUGGCACCCUGUGUCGAGAGUCCAGUAACUCCUGUGACCUGCCAGAGUUUUGCACUGGUGCCAACCCUCACUGCCCAGCCAACGUUUAUCUGCAUGAUGGGCACGCCUGCCACAGCGUCGAAGGCUACUGCUACAACGGCAUCUGCCAGACUCAUGAGCAGCAGUGCAUAACACUGUGGGGACCAGGAGCCAAGCCCGCCCCUGGGAUAUGCUUCGAGCGAGUCAACUCCGCGGGUGAUCCUUACGGGAAUUGUGGGAAGGACUCCAAAGGCUCCUUUGCCAAAUGUGAUGCGAGGGAUGCAAAGUGUGGUAAAAUUCAGUGCCAGGGAGGAGCCAACCGGCCAGUGAUCGGAACAAACGCCGUUUCUAUUGAAACUAACAUCCCGCUACAGGAAGGGGGGCGUAUUCUGUGUCGAGGAACACAUGUUUACCUGGGCGAUGACAUGCCUGAUCCUGGGCUGGUUCUGGCUGGUACAAAGUGUGGAGACGGCACGGUGUGUCUGAAUCGCCAGUGCCAGAACAUCAGUGUCUUUGGUGUGCAUGAGUGCUCGGGGAAGUGCAACGGACGUGGGGUGUGCAACAAUAAGAAGAACUGCCACUGUGAAGCCCACUGGGCCCCGCCGCUCUGUGAGAAAGCGGGCUUCGGUGGGAGCAUCGACAGUGGGCCAAUGAGACUGGCAGAUGUGCGUGUGUGUGUAUUAAUGUGCGUGUUGUCAUAUGUGGCAUCAGCCGACAGCGUGGUCAUUACUGUGGCAAUCCUGGUCACCCUGGUCAGCCUCCUGGUGACCAGCGUCAUCAUCUUUCUGAAGAGGAAGACUCUGCUGCGCCUCCUCUUCGCCAAUAAGAAGAGCACUUUGGAGAAACUCAGAUCUGUGGAGGCGAGCAGGCCGACCAGCCCCAUCAGGACUCAGUCCAUGUACAGACCCACUCCACAGCGCAAGCCCCCACCCAAACCCUGUGGAGCCAACUUAUAUAAGCCUUCUCUCCUGAGUGCCGAGCCUCUUCUCCCCCCACACAACUUCCACUCCCACAGCCUGCGCAGACUGCCCCUCUACCAGCCCUUACACAUCAGCCAGCCCAUGCCGGUGUCUCUGAGCGUGGGCCAGCCCACUCUGCCUCCUCUCCCGGCCCACCACAGGGUUCUGCCUGCCCACACGUCCCUCUCACCACCUCGAGUGCCGCCUUUUCUCAGUCUGCCACGCCAGCAGUCAUCGUACAGAGUGGAGCAGGACUUUGAGAAACCUAAUGCACCCCAGAAGCCCCUACCUGCAGACCCACUGGGGAGGAGCUCUCGGCUGGGUCACAGCAUCGCAGCAUCGGGGGUCCACAUCCCCGGAACUGGGCCCCUCCCUAUACCCAUCCCCACUGUGCCCAGGCCGCCACCCACCAUCCCUUUACCCAGCAGACCUGUGCCGAUGUUGCCCUACAGACCGCCAAAGACUCACAAGGACUACUGAGCUCUUGAGGUCAUGGACGAGUAGAUCUCCGACCAACAGACGGAGACUUUCUUGAUUUGCACUAAUUACUGAGACUCUGUAGGACCUUUUGGACAGUUAGGAAGUAUCACAGAGUUCCCAGUGAAAGGGGGCUAACAUCACACCUCGGUGCUACGCCUCUACAAGGUGCUUUGUUGUCCUCGCUCAGGUACCAAUGAACUAUUUAUCUAUUUAACUAUUUAACUGCGACAUUACCAGUUUGUGCACAGGACACUCUCACCGAGAGUGAUUUUUCCCCACGGAAAAAGUUUUGAAAAGAAAGAAACAUGGUGUAGUUUAGAGUAUUUCUUUUGCAUUCUUUGGUGAUUUUUAUACUUUUUUCUCAAACAAAAUGCUGAAAUAUACAAUGUUUUUAUAACCAGUUAAGUUGCUUGAAUAUUUGAAGCGCAAAAAAGUUCAUUUUGGGGCUAAGAUGAAGAUAAAGGGAAAUGGAGCACAACUCGGCACAGUCAGUGUAGCUUGUGGGCCAUGGAGCUGUAUUAUUUAUUCAGUUUUGCAUUUUUAGGAUGUAUUCAAUAGUCAUACAUCUUUUCUAACCAUGUCGCCACGGUGCUACAAAGGAGAUAUUAAUCAAAUCUUAUUUUUAAUGAAAUACAUUGGACUCAUAUUAAACCCUCACACUAGGGUUUUAUUGUGUGAUUAAUCCAAUCAGCUCAUUUUACAGCCUCACAGUCAGGCUCUUUUAUUCCCUUAUAAGUUCAAGUACUUUUCACACGUUUCAGCCGGGCUCUGACACACUCCUCGGGGCAUGUUGGACGCUCCACAUGUUCUCCUGAUACUGGCAAACGCCGCAGAGUCUCGACAGACUUGACAGACUGAUUGUGUUCCAGAGAAUUACACCAACACCAAAUAAUUCCACAUUAACUCUGGUGUUUGUAUGUUUAACAUUCAUGCUCACUUUGUCCUCGAGUGUGCGAGCCAAGCAGGAUGACUUCAGCGCUGCGAGCCUUCCAAGCUCGCCCUCGACCUCAUCCAACAAGAUGUUUUACUGUAUCUGUCCCAUCUUUUUUGCCUUCAUUACAUUCCAUUUGGAUUUUUAUAUUCUUGAACUCUGAGAUUAUUCGUGCAUUCACAGCAUCGUUUAUCAGAUUCAGAGCUUGGCGUUGCACUUUGAGUUAGCCAAUUUCCUUGAUGUUAUUUGUUGUUGACUUGCUGUUAUACAAGGAGGGAUUCAACUGGUAAAAACUUUACAGCGCAGUUUCUUUUUUCCUGUCAGUGUUCACUUUGGAUAAUGCAUUUUAUAUUUGUCCAAGUGCAGGGCUUGUCUCCUCACCACUGCAGAAUGAUCCAAGUCAGUAAAGCCUUGCAAAAGUGUGCAAAUGAAGCUUUUCUUUGUUUCUGAAGUGUUCAGAUGUGUUUGACAGUCAGAGUAACCGCUCUCCGCUGGAAUAUAUUUGUGAGUGCUGUGUCGAAUAGUCGUUAAAUGUUUAUGCCAUUUGUGAAUCCUAAAUGUACUGUGUUUAUUUGCAUACCUGUAACAUAUAUGUUUAAAAGCCAUUGUAAAGUGUAAAUAUUGUAUGUCAGUUAUCAUUUUUCUUCUUUUUCUUUUCUUUUUUCCUUUUUUUUUUACAAGCACAGUAAUGAGAACUACUUUGAGGUCGUGCCCCUUUUACACUGGGUGGUGAAAACAUGAUUUUCAACCUUUAACUCGCAAGCCGGAGUCAAAUGUUUCAAGGUGACAUUUAAAGAGAGAGAUUUUAUUGAAGAAAUCAGAGCCAAAUAAAAGUUCCUUUAUGA